UCAAAUACAAUACCUAGUAGGUAACUCGUAAUCUGUGUUUUCAGUUGUCAAGUAAAAACUAAAGUAAUUACAAACAAAAAUUAUGUAAUUUAAUUGUUAAGAACUUGAGAAGGAAAUUUUUUAUUUUAAUUCAUUGGAUGAAAUGUUUUGUCAUCUAAUAAGACAAAUUUCUGUUGAUUCCAAGACUGUAAUGACAUCUUUACAGCUAUACAAGUAUUUACUACGUCAAUGUGAAAGAUUACCACCGGAUGCUUGUAAACAUUACAAAUUUGCUGUAAAACAGAGUUACAAACAGCAUAAAUCUGAAACUGACCCAGAUAGAGUCAAAGAAAUAAUUCAAAAAAGCAUUAGCGAUGCUAAGUGGAUUCUAAAGAAGUAUUCAAAUAAAUAAUGGAAACUUUAAACAAAGUCUACUUACAAAGAUUAUUUAAAAAAUAUUUCAUUUACUAUAAACAAAUAUUGUAAGCAAAAAUGUUUGGUGAAAGAAUUGAAGACUAUGAAAUAUUAGAACAUCUUGGUAAAGGCGGGUUUGCUCAUGUAUAUCGAGCAAAAUGUCGAAAAACAAGUUUAUUUGUUGCUAUAAAAAUGAUAGACAAAGCUUUGAUGGCAAAUGCAGGAAUGAUAGGAAGAGUGCGACAAGAGGUCACUAUACACUCACGCUUAAAACAUCCUGCUAUAUUAGAGCUAUAUACCUUUUUUGAAGAUGCACAUUAUGUAUAUUUAGUGCUGGAAUUAGCACAUAAUGGAGAAUUAGCCAAGCACUUUAAAUUAGGUGCAUGUGGCCUUCCUGAGAAAGCUGCUGCUGACAUUUUUCGACAAGUACUUAGUGGAGUUUUAUAUCUUCAUACCCAUAAUAUUAUCCACAGAGAUCUUUCACUUAACAAUUUGUUACUGACAAAAGAUCUCAAUGUCAAAAUAGCUGACUUUGGCUUAGCUACACAGCUGAAUGGACCUGAUGAAAAACAUGUAACUAUGUGUGGUACUCCUAACUACAUUUCACCAGAAGUAGCUUCCAGAGAGCUACAUGGCUUACCUGCAGAUGUUUGGGGGUUGGGUUGUAUGUUGUACACAUUGUUAGUUGGUAGUCCACCCUUUCACACCAAACAUGUGAAAACUACACUCAAUAAAGUAAUCAAUGCAGAUUACAAAAUACCAUCUGAACUAUCUAUCCAAACCCAGGAUUUAUUACAGAAACUUUUAUGUAAAGAUCCUUCCAGGAGAAUAACUCUCAAGGGUAUAAUGGAACAUCCAUUUCUGAAUAAUUGUUUUACAAAUCACCAUAAACAGGACUUAUCUAGAGACUCUGGCUUUCUGACCACACUGCAUAGUACACAACACAGCCACAAACCAAGAAUGGAUGAAAUAAAUGAUGCCCAUAGUGCAAGGUUAUUCGUUGAUCACAAUAGUUUAAAUAAAGGUACUGCUAUGACCAGUAAAUGUUAUGAGCAUAAUUCAUACAAUUUAUUCAACCCAAGACAGCAAAAUGAUUAUAUUUCAACUGAAAAAGAACCUCUUAAAUUGUUUGAUAAUCAUAACAAGAUGCAGAUGGUAGUUCAUAAACAAGAUAGUCCCUGUAAUAGUGGUAGUCUUUUAGAAAACAUGAAAAUUUUGAAUAUGAAUACUAAAAGUAUGAAUAGGCCUAAUUUAUGUGCAGAAAAUAAAGAAAACUUGUCAAAACCAUGUAUAACAAACACGAAUUCAUUGAGUGUACCACCUCUGUGUGCCGACAGAUUGCCAGCUAUAUCACAUAGAACUAGAAAUGCUAUUUUAAAAAUUGAAUCCUCUGGUGUCAUAGUAGAGUUCAUAAAGAGAAAAGGUAAAGACAGGGAAGAAAGAAUUGUAGAAGUAUGUAAUAUUUCCAGAGAUGGUAUGAAAAUUAUUAUAUAUUCAGUAGACAAAGAAAAGGAUAAAGCUAUGAAUGUGGAGUACAAUCCCAAACCUAAUGAGGUUUUUUCCUACCAUAAUUUACCACAAAAGCAUUGGAAAAAAUAUUUGUAUGCUGCAAGAUUUGUAGAUCUUGUAAAAGCUAAAACACCAAAAAUUACUAUCUACACUCCACUAGCAAAAUGUCAACUUAUGGAAAAUGGAACAGACAUUGAAAUGUUUUUCUAUAAUGGUGAAAAAAUAACUAACACUUCAGUGGAAGGUUUAAAAGUUAUUGACAAAUCUCUCAAAAUUCACCAGAAUCCUGGCUUAUUGGUUCCAGAUUUAAAAUAUUUAACUGACCAUUUUGAAGAGUGUUCAAAUCGCUUAAAUAGGAUACAAAAUGCUCUUUCAUGUAUUUCUGAUGAAUGUUUUCCUUUGAUUAUUGGUAAAAGACCAAUUCAAACUGCAAGCAAUGUAAUAACACAUAAUAACACAGCCACACCAUCUGUGCAGGGAUAUACUGAGAGGAAUUUUAAUACACCACUUUUUAAUCAUUUAGGCUCAUUUCAUCGUACAACAACUUGUUCUAGUCGUUCUCCAAGUGUAAACAAUGAACAAUUUUAGAUUAACUAUUAUAAUUAUUAUAUAGCAGAAAGUCUUAUAAGCAGGUAAUGUGUAGUUAAUGAAUUUUUAUUUAUUUAAUUAAAUAAUAUGCAUAUAAUGUUAUACAUAAUGCGUAUACUUUACAACUUAAAAAAUAUUAUUGUUUUUAAAAUUUGAAAAUUUACACUAUGAGACUACUGUAUUAUGUUAGAUGCAAAUGUGUUUCAUACAAUAUUUUUCAACUGACUUUUAAGGAAAAGGAGUUAAUUUGGUAUGUUGCUGUUUUUCCAGUGCAUCUAAAGUUUCAAAGGCUGCUAGGUUUUUCUCUACGUUUUAGAGGCCUCAAUCUUUGUUACUCAUAUUCCUGCAGUCGCAUAUUGAUGUACCUUCUCGAUGUCGAUAAUUUUGAUAUUGAUAAAUAAUUAACCACACUGCGAAAAAAUUUACUAAUAUGCAAGAAAUAUCCAUGCGCAGUUUCCUUUUUUUUAAUUAAAUUUUAGUUUGAAAAAUACAUUAAUAUAAACACAAAGUAUUACGACAUUAAUACAUUAAUUAAUUAAUAGCUGUUUAUUUUCUUAUUCCCUGUAUAUUGCUAAUUAAUGAAUAGCAGGUUUUUUAACAUAACAAUCUACAUCCUGUAGGAUAUAUUAUAGGUGACAUGUACAUUUAUUAAUUUGCGCUAGGUAAAAUUUUUGAGAAGUGCUAUGGUAUGCUCACUGUAAAAUAUAACUCUUUUGAGAAUGUAAAACUUACAGGCCAAGGUUUAAAUCCUUUUUUUGCACAUAUUGGCUAAGGCGGGCGGUCAUAAGUCCUAGAUAGUACUUUCUUCCGCGCGAUACCUCUUCUGUUUCAUUGUUGUUGGGGUUAGUAGAGUUGCUGGAGCACUCCUCCACAGUUGUUUGAUUAUUAAUCCUUUUAUAUAUUUGAAAUGGGAGAUGUAUUUAUUCAUGUUUUUGAGUAGAAAGAAUAAAAGAAAUUGAGGGAUUUCUUAAUACCGGGAAGAGAACACAAAUACGGUUGGACGAAGUACCGGACCAUUUUUUUUUUCAGCUAAUAGGUACCUAUGCAAUCUUCUCAAAAAUCUUACUUUGUUUAAAACAUACAUAUUAUAUUUAAUAUAGCUCUUGUACAAAUACGGCGUUGUUAUUCUAGUUCAAUAAAUUUUAAAUAGUUCCUUUAUUGAUGAAUAUUAGAUUUAUAAAUAGUUGGUACCUAAUAAUGCUGAUGCAAGAUGACUUAUUCAAGAUUUCUGUAAUCUUGAGGAAUUUCGUUGUUUUUAUUUUAAUUACUAACUUAAUCAUUAAGUAUAUGAUGACACUCACCAAAAAUACUUUUGAUUUCAAAAUACAUCCACGUUAAAUUCCUUAGAA